CACGACAACGAAUUAAAUCGUUCGUUUAGUGACAUAAAUUACUUUCGCCUCUCCAUGUUCCGUCUAUUGCUCUCACACGAUUAUAUGUAAACGCGGCAAGGCGGCUGCAAGUGUGUGGGAAAGACGUCUAGGGCGAGGGACCAAAUCUAUGGCAAAGUGCGCAGUGAUUGUGUGCUGUGGUUCUUGUUAGUUCGGUUGUUGCAGACGACAUCUAUGAGGCGAAUUUCAUACAGCAGCAUCACACCGGACUUUAAACAAACAGGCAGAAGCAUAACUUCGAGAACUUGUCUCUGUUGAGCUGUGACAACGACGCUAACAGGAUACCUAGAAUCGAAGUGACCGUGUGUACCAAGAAGCUUUUUUUUCCUCUGUAAAUGAAUGACCGUGAUAUUCACGACGACAUUAGCAGAACAGAUACCACGUUAAGGUCUUCGUCGUUCCGUUGCUACGUGAGGGCAAAAAGUGAAGCAAAACCAAGCCAAAACAACAACAGAAAUAUACCGACCAUUACAUGGCGGCCCUUACCUCAUGAAACAAGCUUUGGCAACAAAUCUUAAAUCAUUCAAGAGGCAACGGGAAACGAUUUAGAGGAAAAUAUAACCCGUUUACCGUUAAACAAUGAAAGAAGAUAUCAGUAGUCUAUUCGUUGUUAUCGACAUUGCUAUCGCGGGUACUGCCACAAAACCCUGUUAUAACUGGUGAAAAUGGCUCUGGUCUUCCGGCAAUCUUAAUGCAGCGCUUAGAACACUUGUUGCGAUAGCCCUUGAAAUUAGUGCUAAAUAGGAAUGGACAAAGCAAUUCUUGAAGGAUGGCGAAGCUUUAACCCAAUCAUCACCAGCAUUAGCAUUAUUUGCGAGCGGUAUUCACUUUUCUGACAUGGAUAUUUUCGGUAUUUUUGUAAUAUUACUUCUGAUAUCCGAGUCUGUAAUUAUCCAUUAUAUCAUAGGUUUUGACCGUCAGUAGCACUGAUGUCGGUGUUGCUCAGGAUGCAAAAGAUAGCCUCACACGCAGUCUUAACAUGUGACUCCCUCAACCGAAGAGUAUCCCUUCUUUAUAUAUAGCAUGUAUAUAUAUGAAUAUAACUGGAUUGUAUAAUGCGAAUAGAGCAGGAGCUGGUAUAUGUAUCAAUGAACUUAGAUGCCAUUGUAAUGUAUCAGUAAGACUGAAGUUGGAACCACUUGAAUACUCCGUUAGCGUUCUUCUAAUUGUUGUGUAGCAUCAGUGUUGCUCUACAAACUCUUACAGAUGAGUCAAGCGUCUAGUGUCUCUCGAAAUUGGUCGUGAACUUGCUUGAUACGUGAUUACCGUUUGGUAGCGGUUACUGGAUUAUUUCUAGAGUGUGUGCGGUUAAUUACUUUUGUACCUACUCCCAUACCCUUUUUUAUCCAUGCAGUCAGAUCUAUAUCCAUCUGUUUGAUAGAUUGAAAUUCCUGCGCCAAAAUUUCAUCGGACAGAACUGUGAAGCCGAUAAAAACACCAAGAAUGAUUCGUGGAGUGGAGCUUGCUCAGUACAGGAGUAACAUGAGAUGGUGGCGAAAUAAAAAGGAGAUGCAGGUGGCCCAGGUUCUGGCCCAGCUGCAGUGCGUGCUGCGCGCGGCCUUGGUGCUUUUCAAUAAUAUUUACUGUAUUCCGACGUACCUUGUUUGGAUGUGGGCAAUCUUAUUACCCUUUCGUGAAACGAGGAUAUACAUUUGGAUAGAGAAGAUUCUCUAUCGGCACCUUCUUCUAAUGGUGGGAUACUGGAGUUUCUCAGCAGGCUACACCAUUCACGAAGUAGGGGAUGAUGUUGAAGACCUCUUCGAUAAGCGAACGUUACUCGUCGCCAACCAUCAGAGUACAGCCGAUGUGCCCCUUAUCAUGAGCUGUCUGCAGGUAAAACGCAACGUCUGCAACCAUGUCAUGUGGAUAAUGGACGCCAUGUUCAAAUUUACAAAUUUCGGUGUUGUGUCGGUGACGCACGGGGACUUUUUCAUCACUCAGGGGAAGGAUACGCGGCAAUCUCAGCUCACGACCUUCCGACAACAUCUUCUGAAUGUUUAUUUACCGCGUCGUCUGGGGUGGCUAGUCAUCUUCCCAGAGGGUGGAUUUCUUCAUAAACGAUUAGAGAGCAGCCAGCGCUACGCUGCUAAUAACGGCUAUCCUAAGUUGGACUAUGUGACGCUUCCCAGGGUCGGUGCCACCAAGCUAGCGUUGGAGACAUUGACGGACCCAGACGUUUUAAAAGGACAGCCAGCAGUUGAAUACCUUCUUGAUCUAACUAUCGGAUACCCUGGAGCCCCAGCGCGACCGCUUGAUAUCCUCGCAAUCGCCACCGGUUACCGAAAGCCACACAUUGUACAUUUUCAUUAUCGGAAGUACGCAGUGAAAGAUGUGCCCUUCGGCGAUGGUGAUGCCUUGAUUGCCUGGAUGUAUGAACGCUGGGUGGAGAAGGAACAGCUAUUGAAACACUUUUAUGAACACGGAAGCUUUCCAAGCGCGCAUGCAGAGGACGAGUGCAGUACAGGUAUUCCCUUAAGUAGCAGUCACAGUCUAUCGGAGCGUUCCAUUGAAGGUGCGCGUCACGCUAUUCUCGUCGAUGAAAGUCGAGAUAAUUUACCUAUGGAACGGGAAGUGGUUGCACCCAGACCUGCCGUAGAUCCUAAUCGUCGCGAACAAUUUUCUCCUCUGACGAGAGCCGAAAGGCCCAGGCCGGUUGAGCUCAGUCAUGUAUACGUGUUAUUUAUCCAUGUCUGCUGGAUCUUGUCCUCGAUGUUUCAUCUCUAUCUCUACCGAUCACUUAAGGCCGUCGUCUUUGGCUAGUAGGAAUCUAAACCGACCCUGCACUGCAAUAGUGCACUGUCGUUCUCAUUACAUUCGACUGGAUCCGAGAUGUAAAGAAGCCUGGUAUUAAGCCUUGUUGCGAAUGUACAGUGAUGGAGACAUGAGCAUCUAUGUCCGCAAAAGGAUGGGUAAAACAUCGAAAGUAGUCUACAAACAAAACCAAAUUGAUAUACGAACUAGUUGUUGUAAGUUAAACUAUUUCUGUAUAAGAAAGAAGGUAAGCUGUUAUUGUGUCGAAGACUUUACGUAAGAGCAAAAAGCAGAGGAACAAAGUUGAGAUUAAAUGUAAAGUUAACAUUUUAAGGAAGAAUAAAUAGUCAGGAAAAACCUGAACGGAAUAAUGAAAAGGUUGCACGGUGACCGUCUCCUGUGGCCAGCUGUUAGUUUCCGCUAUGCGCAUGUCUGAAUGUUGUAGUUGCAACUAUGAGGAGAGAUGGCGCGCGAUGGGAGCCGUUGUAUUACAAAAAAUGGUGAUAUCAUUUGUCAUAAAGUAACGUAAAUGAUCUGUUUAUUCGUUCGUCAAUGUCUGACAGUGGUGAUGAGGUGAUAUAGCUUAAGUAUAGUUCACCUGGCAAAGUCAAGCACCUAGUCUUGCGGAGUGCAUUCUGGAUCAUUGGUGGACAAAUUUGUCAGAGGUUAUUGAAUGGUCCAACAAGAGAAAUCAAAAUUGCUCGGUGCCGAUUCUUUCGUUAGUUCAGCAAAAACAAUAUAUUAUUAAACACAAUAAAAAUAGUAAGAAACGAUUAAGAGAGCGGUCUGUAUAUAUAACCUAACCAUGUAAAUAACUUUGUUUUUAAUAAAGUCGUGACUAACGACGACAGCAAAAGUAGUA